CAGCGGAGACCGCGCCACCUGGCGCCGCAACAAGGACAGCAAGCCCUGGAGUUCACUAUAUCAAGAAAUUAUAUGCCAAAAUAUAAUGCCAUAUGAGUCAGAGAAAAGAAGGAUCCUAAACAUAUGGCCUGAUUGUUGGCAAUGACAUCGACAACAGGCUGGCAUUUAUUUCUGUCCUAACCAGCUACUUUAUAACUGUGAAUAGUAACUAUGCAUAUUUGUUGGUCAGCCAAACCAAGGAACAAGAGCUAUGGCUGUUGAAAAAGUCUGUCUGAUUCCAGGUUAUUUUUCCUGGGUUUCAUCAUCAGGGACCUCCUUUUCAUCUCAACAGUGUGGUACCUUUUACCAUUUGAUAAAGAUUAAGGACAUGUUCUUUGGUCAACAGCCAGAACUUAAAAUCUGCUGGAAUAGAGUCAGAGACCAUUUCAACUACAGCUGAGGAAAAUGAAAUUUCCUUUUUAUUUGGUGCCUUGUACAGGGAGCACACUAACUCUUAUGGAAACGUGUGAGUAAAAAGAGAUUGAGUUUUGUCUACUAGAAACUCAUGGUUAUGGCGAGUGACCCAACGUGAUCAGAGAGGGCAAGAGCCACAAAGGAACUCAUGACAGGCUAUACCAUGUUGCGGAAUGGGGGUGUGGGGAAUGGAGGUCAAACCUGUAUGUUACGGUGGUCCAACCGUAUCCGACUCACAUGGCUCAGUUUUACGCUCUUCAUCAUUCUGGUUUUCUUCCCCCUCAUUGCUCACUAUUAUCUCACCACUCUGGAUGAGGCUGAUGAGGCCGGCAAGAGGAUUUUUGGUCCACGGGCUGGUAAUGAGCUGUGCGAGGUAAAGCACGUGCUGGAUCUUUGCCGAAUCCGUGAGUCUGUAAGUGAAGAGCUGUUGCAGCUGGAAGCCAAGCGGCAAGAGCUGAACAGUGAAAUUGCCAAGCUGAACCUGAAGAUUGAAGCCUGUAAGAAGAGUAUUGAGAAUGCCAAGCAGGACCUGCUUCAACUUAAGAAUGUCAUUAGCCAGACUGAGCACUCUUACAAAGAGCUGAUGGCCCAAAAUCAGCCCAAACUUUCUCUGCCCAUCCGAUUGCUCCCAGAGAAGGACGAUGCUGGCCUUCCUCCCCCGAAGGUCAUCCGGGGUUGUCGGCUACACAAUUGUUUUGAUUAUUCUCGCUGCCCUCUCACCUCUGGUUUUCCAGUCUAUGUUUAUGACAGUGACCAGUUUGCCUUUGGCAGCUACCUGGAUCCCUUGGUCAAGCAGGCUUUUCAGGCUACAGUACGAGCCAACAUCUAUGUUACAGAAAAUGCGGAUAUUGCCUGCCUCUAUGUGAUAUUAGUGGGAGAGAUGCAGGAGCCAGUAGUGCUGCGGCCUGCUGAACUUGAGAAGCAGUUGUAUUCUCUACCACAUUGGCGGACAGAUGGACACAACCAUGUCAUCAUCAAUCUAUCACGGAAGUCAGAUACACAGAACUUACUAUAUAAUGUCAGUACUGGCCGUGCCAUGGUGGCCCAGUCCACUUUCUAUGCUGCCCAGUACAGACCUGGCUUUGACUUGGUAGUAUCACCACUAGUCCAUGCCAUGUCAGAGCCCAACUUCAUGGAAAUCCCACCACAGGUGCCAGUUAAACGGAAAUAUCUCUUCACCUUCCAGGGUGAGAAGAUUGAAUCACUAAGAUCUAGCCUUCAGGAGGCCCGAUCCUUUGAAGAAGAAAUGGAAGGUGACCCCCCAGCUGACUAUGAUGAUCGUAUCAUUGCCACCCUAAAAGCUGUACAGGACAGCAAGCUAGAUCAGGUCCUGGUAGAAUUUACCUGCAAAAACCAGCCUAAACCCAGUCUGCCUACUGAGUGGGCACUGUGUGGGGAGCGGGAGGACCGCUUAGAAUUACUGAAGCUUUCCACCUUUGCCCUCAUUAUCACUCCUGGGGACCCUCACUUGGUUAUUUCAUCCGGAUGUGCAACACGGCUCUUCGAAGCUCUGGAAGUUGGUGCUGUCCCAGUUGUGCUGGGGGAGCAAGUCCAGCUUCCUUACCAUGACAUGCUGCAGUGGAAUGAGGCAGCCCUGGUGGUGCCCAAGCCACGUGUUACUGAGGUUCACUUCCUGUUACGAAGUCUUUCUGAUAGUGAUCUACUGGCUAUGAGGCGGCAAGGCCGCUUUCUCUGGGAGACUUACUUCUCAACCGCUGACAGUAUUUUCAGUACCGUGCUGGCUAUGAUUAGGACUCGAAUACAGAUCCCAGCUGCUCCCAUCCGGGAAGAGGCAGCAGCUGAGAUCCCCCAUCGUUCAGGCAAGGCGGCUGGAACAGACCCCAACAUGGCUGACAAUGGGGACCUGGACCUGGGGCCAGUAGAAACUGAGCCGCCUUAUGCCUCGCCCAAAUACCUCCGCAACUUUACCUUGACCGUCACUGACUUCUACCGCAGCUGGAACUCUGCUCCAGGGCCUUUCCAUCUUUUCCCCCACACACCCUUUGACCCUGUGUUACCCUCAGAGGCCAAAUUCUUGGGCUCAGGGACUGGAUUUCGGCCGAUUGGUGGUGGAGCUGGGGGUUCUGGCAAGGAGUUUCAGGCAGCACUUGGAGGCAAUGUUCCACGGGAGCAGUUCACAGUUGUGAUGUUGACUUACGAGCGGGAGGAAGUGCUUAUGAACUCUUUAGAGAGAUUGAACGGCCUCCCUUACCUGAACAAGGUAGUGGUGGUGUGGAAUUCUCCCAAACUACCAUCAGAAGACCUUCUGUGGCCUGACAUUGGCGUCCCCAUCAUGGUGGUCCGUACUGAGAAGAACAGUUUGAAUAAUCGAUUCUUGCCCUGGAAUGAAAUUGAGACAGAGGCCAUCCUGUCUAUUGAUGAUGAUGCUCAUCUCCGGCAUGAUGAAAUCAUGUUUGGGUUUCGGGUGUGGAGAGAAGCACGGGACCGCAUUGUGGGUUUCCCUGGCCGUUACCAUGCGUGGGACAUCCCUCAUCAGUCCUGGCUCUACAACUCCAACUACUCCUGUGAGCUGUCCAUGGUGCUGACAGGUGCUGCCUUCUUUCACAAGUACUAUGCCUACCUGUAUUCUUACGUGAUGCCCCAGGCCAUCCGAGAUAUGGUGGAUGAAUACAUCAACUGUGAGGACAUUGCCAUGAACUUCCUUGUCUCCCACAUCACUCGGAAACCCCCCAUCAAGGUGACCUCACGGUGGACUUUCCGAUGCCCAGGAUGCCCCCAGGCCCUGUCCCACGAUGAUUCCCACUUUCACGAGCGGCACAAAUGCAUCAACUUCUUUGUCAAGGUGUAUGGCUACAUGCCCCUGCUGUACACGCAGUUCAGGGUGGACUCUGUGCUCUUCAAGACCCGCCUGCCCCACGACAAGACCAAGUGCUUCAAGUUCAUCUAGGGGCCUUGCAGGUUUGGGGAGAGGAUGAGCAGAGUGAGGGAGGUGGCUCCUAGACGUGGAAGGACCCCAGGCACAUCCACUGGGUGGGUGGCCAGACCCUCUGCUGGGGGAGGCAGCGGGAAGAGUGGAAAGGAAAGAGUUGCCUUUCUCUUGAAGCUGCCACGCUGGGCCUGGAACCCGGACAGAGGACACUGGGACUCCCUGCACAGGGCACUGACUGAUAGCUUACACUGAGGACAUGGGGGCUCUGGAGAGUCACUCACACAGGUCAUAAGCCCAGGACAGCUGGUUUGUGGUUUUUAAAUCCAGUAACAACUAUUAUUAUUAUUUAAAAAGAAAAUGUUUCAGA